UGUGGGUGCGUCGGUCAACUAUUUAAUACACAAAUUGUCACUACAUGCCGAAAAUAUUGGAUUGAGUGCCGCUGCUGUAUUAUAAAAUCUUUAUUUGUUGAUAUUUGUUUAGUCGUUUAAGCAGUUUCGAUUGAUUAGAUGAAUAAAACGCUUUGAAUAUUGGUCGAGAUGCGCGCGGUUGCUGUAAGAUUUGAUUUGUUUGCAGAAUAAUUAGUUAACGGUACAGUCGGUCGUGCUCAACGGACACAACAAGCGCUUAACGUUUGGUCAGUUUCAAGCCUCGUAUUUCUUUGGUGCUCUAUUGCAAGUUAAUUACUACAUGUAGAGGAGAUUGGUUUACCCACGGGAUGAGAGAUUUAGGUUACUGAGACGCCUUCUCCGCUCUCAGGCUACAGAUACAGUAAAUGAGUAAAGAUAGAGCUAGCCGUCACUCAGAGCUGUUGUGUUGGUGCUGUGGAUGAGGCUCAAAGAUGUGUCAGGUUAGUGGUAGUUUUCGUGUUAAGAAAAAGCAGUGCAGGUAAUGUCGGCUCAGAUGUGGCGGAGCAGGCCAGAGUCCUGACAUCAGUAACUGAGCAGGAGUGACAGAAGGAGGUUCCCCUCUCAUGGAUGUCUGCAGUAAGAACUCCAAUCGCACAGCCCCAGUGAGUGAGGGGGUACCCAGGAGUGCCGAUGUGCCCCUGUGCUCUCGGACCAAUGGUUGGAGCUGGCCCCCGCACCCUUUCCAGCUCCUGGCCUGGCUGCUUUAUCUCUACUUUGCUGUCACUGGCUUCGGUGUAUUUGUGCCUCUGCUCCCCACACACUGGAUCCCAGCCGGAUAUAUUUGUACAGGCAUUACAUUUAUCAGUCACCUCUUCAUGCACCUGAUGGCCGUCUCCAUCGACCCUGCGGAUUAUAAUGUCAGAGCUAAGAGUUAUAAGGGACCCAUGCCGGUGUUUGACCGCACCAAACAUGCACACGUCAUCGAGAACUGUCACUGCUACCUCUGUGAAGUAGAUGUGGGGCCUAAAUCAAAACACUGUAGUGCAUGUAAUAAGUGUGUGGCAAGCUUUGACCACCACUGUCGAUGGCUGAACAAUUGUGUGGGCAGCAGAAACUACUGGCUGUUUCUCAAUAGUGGGAUUUCUGCUCUCCUGGGGAUUGUUUUGGUAGUAGUUAUUGCUAGUUAUGUUUUUAUAGAGUUCUUUUUGGACCCAUCAAAACUUCGAUCUGACAAGCACUUUCAACAGGUAAGGAAUGAUUCUGUGGUGUGGUUUGUGUUUCUGCCGGUGGCUCCAGUCACCACAUCUGGUCCAGCCAUUCCCGCUCUAGCAGGAGUCACCAUUGCUCUGGGCCUGCUGUCUGCACUCUUGCUGGGACACUUACUCUGCUUCCACAUAUACCUCAUGUGGAACAGGCUUAGCACAUAUGAGUAUAUUGUGCGACAGCGGCAUCGGCAAGAGGCCAAAGAUUCCAGAAAGCCCCCUCCAGAGAAUGACUCUGGGGUUCCCAAGAUGAAUCUAUUCAAGCAGCAGGUCAGUUAUAGUGGGACAUUUGGCUAUACCAAUCCUGAGAUGGAGGUAGAGGAUCCAACCGCCAUGAGCUCCAAAGAAGGAUCAACGCGUUACGGCAAUGGCCGGGUCAGAGGCUCCAAUGAGCACAUGGGUGAAGAAGAGCUCCUCCCUGCUGUCAUAACAGAGAACAAAGCAUCUCCUCACCCUCACAAACACACACAGAAAAAAAAGAGGAAAGUGCACAAACUUGCAGCUGAGGUAAACAGUGACAGGUCCAUUGACACCAGCACCACCAAAGGCAUGCCAAAGACUUCUGCUGAGCAGGAUUCCUCUGUAGCUGCCGCCACUGUGUCCUCCUCUCUUGGUCAGCGCUUACCCUUCCCAGCAUUCCCCCUGCGGGCCUCCCUCCCCCCUCUUGCACCCGUACAAGCCGCUGGUCCCCCUGCUGAGUAUCAUUCUGACUCCGCAGAAUCUCUGGAGGAGAUCCCUGUAGCAAUGGCACGGCUUGGCAGCGCAGCCCUGGCCGGCGCUACUACUGCUGCUGUGUCUGCCACCAGCUAUUCCUCUUCUCUCCAGUGUGCUUUGCCUUCCUCAGCAGCUGGACAAGCUUUACCCUCCCCCCAGCCCAGGACCAAGAGGAAAGCAGCCGUUCGGAAAGCUGCAGAGCAGAGGUUUGAGAUGGUGUCCCAUAAUCCAUCUAUGUUCGUGAGUCGAGAAAGCAGAGAGCCGGCCAUGCCUCAAGAGGGCAUUAUUACAGAGGAAAAUCCCCAUGUGGCGAAACGCAAACAGACAGGUAAAAAGAGAAAUAUGGAGGACACUAAACUCAGCUCGAGUGUAGGAACCCCGCUGGUGUAGUGACUACUACAGAGACACGUCACUACUAAUCAGGACUCACUGGGCACUUGGUCGGCCUUGUUUCUCCAUUAAAAAAACUUGAGCUGCUUUAAAAGGAUCACAUAAAAACUGAUGUAGCACUCGGAACCUGAUGCAACCUAUGCAAACACCAUUGAAUGUCAGCAGUAAGAACCUUUUGCUGGACAAAACAUCUAAUGCUGGUUGUCAUUGGUCAGUGUCAUUUGGCCUGAACACCUCAUACUGCAUAAAGUUGCAUAUAGAUAUGUUUGACAGUGGGUCAUGAGGUCCGACCUCAGAUCAGAUUCACUUAUAUAUAUUUAUUCAUGAAAUUGUUGAUUGUGGAAUGAAGUCUUGGACUUGAGCCUCAACUUAUUAUGAAUCUUUUGAGGAAUCCAUGACACUAUACAUUAUGAACCAACUUAUUUAGCCUUUCAUUAACUCGGUACAUUUCACUACAACCUUUGCUGUAGCAUUGCACAAAUUGUUUUUUUUUUUAAUACUUAAUGCAGUGCUGCCCGUCUUAUAUAUAUAUAUAUAUGCCAAAGUUUGUUUAGUUUUCUAUGAUGAACCACGCAUGACCACUGAUAUCAUUUUCAGGGUUUUUAGUUCAUAUUUUUAAAUUAAUGUACAUUGUUACCUUAUUUUUUAAUUAUUGUUGUUAAUUGUUGCUUUUCCUUUUUGUUGUUUUUAUCAGCUUUUAUAUGUCUGGUUGUGUUUGGGUGAACUUGAGUUACAGUAUGUACUAUAGAGUGUACUUCUGGUGGUAUUUUACUCAAGUGCUUUAGUCACUUUCUAAAUAAACAUCUUAUAUUAAGCAGUGCCACAUGAUGUCUGCCCUUAUGAAUGAAGUCCACUCCCUCCAUCUCAAAUGCUGCUCAGACAACCCAGUUACACAGUUGUUUAUCUAUCAACAGAAACAUUCUUAGUACAUGAUGUUUUGGGUAGAGGGAGUGGCUGAAUGAUGGCCUGAUGGGGAAGCAAUAUGAAAAUGUGUCUGUGUAUUUUUUUUAAUGAUGUAAAAAAAUAAAAUGAAUUUUACUUUAACUGUAUUCCUACACUGUUUUUUGCAAUGUUAAAAAUCAAUGUUU